AUGGCGCGACAGGUGAGGCUGUUCUUCAUUCGACAUGGCGAGACAGUUGACAAUGUCUCGCAACUAUAUGCCGGCAGUAGAGACUCAGCGCUCACCAACCACGGCUACCAGCAAGCUACUCGCCUUGGUGCGCACUUUGCAAGCUCGGGAAUAGUGUUCACCCACCUGUUUUCUUCGCACCUCCAGCGCGCUGCGAAGACUGCUGAAUUGAUGCGAGAAAGCCAAGCCAAGCUCGCCGCCGAUGCCUCUGAGCGAAAUGUCCCCGACGUUGUCAAGCUGCCUGUGUUAAUGGAGCAAGACUUCGGCUUUUACGAAGGCAAGAAGUUCUAUGAACGACCGGCGAACGGCAAGCUGUCAGGCAAAGACAACCACCGGCAAAUACAUAAGGACUCCGAAGAUUUUGUGGAUAUUGAAUCGAAAGAUUCUCUCGCUCGGCGCGCUGACGAGUUCUUGGAAGUCCAUCUUUUCCCGCUGUUGGUCAGCCCAAAGGAGAGAACGGACCUGGUUGUUGCUAUAGUAUCCCAUGGCAUCAUGCUAUCCUCCCUAUGGAAACGCAUCCUCUUACGUCUCCCGGAAAAAAGCGUGACACUGGUACCUGAGCUUGCAACCACUGGUCCGAUCACGCUCGAGCAUCUGGGAAGUUGGUCCAAUACAGGUUAUUUGGAGCUACAUAUGUCGCGGACAAUCGCGGAGCCACCAAUACCCACACCAUCUCCAGUCACUGAGCAGGUUGCUCCAGAGCACACGGUCACCUCGACUGCUCCCGCUGAAGUCUGUGGAACGGAAGCGAAAUCACCACCUACAAACAUCGCAGCCGUGUCCACAGAGGACAUCACAGUUGGCUCCAUGGAAAAUUUAAAAGCAACAACCCCGUCCACGAUGCGGAAGCUCGGCUCUGAGUGGUCGACGGUCGUCCUCACGAUCAACGGCAAAGGCCAUCUAAAAACCCUGAAGCGUACGGGCGGCGGCGUGGGUAGCUCCCGCCAUGAUGCCUCCCAGAGGAAUCUUGACAACUUUUUCAAGCGAAGAAAAGUUGAAUGA